AUUGUAUCCAAAUAGGAAACCAUAAAAACUGUAUUUUAAUUCCUAUUUUGUCUGCCCCUUUAUUUUUCUUUUUUUGCCACUGACCUUUUACUCAUCUCAACGUAAUGUCACAACCAACUCUUGACGUUUCUAAUAAGUACGAUUUGACUCAAUUGAAAAAUGCUGUAGAUGACGAAAUUUCAAGAUAUUUUAGCAAGGAACAGAAUUUCAAGCAGUCCUACCGUCACACAGAUAUCAAAUUGGCGUUAGGAUACGCGUCAUGCAUCGUUGCUGCUGGUGCAUUUUAUUAUGAAUACAAAACGAGUUUUAGGGAAGCUUUGAACGUGACAACAGUGGCUGUCAUUGUGUUCUGGGUUCUUCAGGCUCUUCUAUUUACUUACUCGCUUUUCGUUGAAAAGAAUGAAAUCUUUCGUGGUACUCAAAUAGUCGACGGAAAGGCAAUUGGCACAUUAAGUGUCACAGGAAAGAUAAAAAAACAUUCACCGAUGUAUCAGCUUACGUUUACAUAUCAAGACAAGGCAACUAGUAAAUCAGUGGCAAACGAAGUAGAGACCAAUAUCACUACUUGGUUCAAUACAAAGGGCGUCUUGGUGAAAGAAGUGAUGGAUAAAAGCUUGGAUACCUCCUUGGCUGAUGUUAAACAGAAAUUACACAAAGACUAAGGCCAAAAACUACGUAUAAAAGGGGAAACGUUUUAAGCAAAAAUAACAAAUGAAACCACUUCAUAAGACAGAAAGAACGAGAGAUACCCCUCCCUGAACCCUUGCAUUCAUCAAGCUGUUAUACAACCUAUGAUUUAGCUUGAACAAGUUCAGUUGAAAGUUCAACAUUUAUUGAAGCAAACAAGAAGAUUGUAUCCUAACAGUUAAUAAAAAUUUACAAUGGGUUAUGUUUUACAAAAUCGUGUGCCAUGUUAACGCAAAGUAACUAAUUCCUCAGCAGAGGUGGGAUGAAUAGCAACACAGCUAUCAAAGUCUGCCU